UGGACCUACCCACAAAGGAAGGAAAAUAACUUGCUACUUGGACCUGACCGCAGGUUUCAUUUGCGUAACGGAGCCAGGGAGUACCAUGCCGUUGAGUACGAACCAACCAUGCCGUUGAGUACGUUCAACUACCAAAACAACCAAUCCGAACAACGGUAUAUCUUUAUUCAGAGGAUGCCUGAGCCUAAUCCCCUGGCCUUUUGCUUGUAGGCUGUAGCAGGCAAUCAGAAGAAGACACUUCUAUUCAAUAGCUCGUUAUCCCCUGGCCCUUUGAAGUAACUGUUUUUUCUUUCCUUUUGCGGGGAAAGUCACCGUUGAACACUUAAACUAACCCAUCCAAUUUCCCAACGGCGCCACCAAACUGCCACCAGAGCUACUACCAUACCAACAAACACCACUUCGCUGAACCUCCAAAACCACCACCACACUGGCACACUCAUACACGGCCAACAGUUGGAGGCUUAGAGGUAGCUCUUAGCUCACCGCCAUCCUCCUUCUGGCAGCCCGGCCAAAUCAUAAACACACGGUGAAAAAUGCACACCGGUCGCCUCCUCCCUCUCCUCCUGCUGCUCGCCGCCGCCGGCCGCUCGCUGGCCCGUGGCGGCAUCUUCGGGGCAGCGUCGCCGCCGUCCAGCCCCGACGGCGACCAGAAGUGCAGCCGGACGUGCGAGUCCGCGUACUGCACGGGCACCUUAGAGGCUCCGCUGAUGCGGUACGGCAAGUACUGCGGCGUGUCCUACACGGGGUGCCCCGGCGAGCCCCCCUGCGACGCCCUCGACGCCUGCUGCAUGCUCCACGACGCCUGCGUCCAGGCCACCGACGACUACCUCAACAUGUGGUGCAACCAGAGCCUGCUGGACUGCGUGGCCGCCGUGAGGACGGCGGCCGCGGCGGCGGGCGGCGGCGUGGAGGCCGUGCUGACGACGUUCGAGGGGAACAGCUGCAACGCCACGGACGUCGCCGACGAGAUCACCUCCAUCCUCGAGGCCGCCGUGUACGCCGGGAGCAUCCUGCGCAGAGCGCCGGCGCCGGCCCCGGCGAAGUAGCUCGCUUGCUAGUCGCUACUGUUGAUGCGCGUUUGAUUUGGAGGUCCGUGGAGGAGGUGUGGUCCGGUUGAAGUCGAUCGGUGGCCUAGCAACCAGUAAAAUGGUGGACCGGUGUCCAGAUGGUGGAUUAUUUAUUGAAUGGAUUUUUGUGUGGUUCUA